AUGGUAUCUGAAGGAAAUAAAAGCGGCACACCCACUUUUAUUCUCUUAGGUUUUUCAGAAUACCCAGGAAUCCAGGUGCCACUCUUUGUGGUUUUCUUGUUUGUCUGCACAGUAACCGCGGUGGGGAAUUUGGGCACAAUAAUAAUAAUCAAAAUCAAUUCAAAACUCCAUGUAAUCAUGUACUUUUUUCUUAGUCACUUGUCCUUGGUAGAUUUCUGUUAUUCUAAGCUGUUGGAGAACUUGGUUGUGGAAGACAGAAGCAACUCUUUCUCUGGUUGCAUCAUACAAUUCUGUUUUGCUUGCAUUUUUGCAGUGACAGAAACUUUCAUGUUAGCAGCAAUGGCUUAUGACCGUUGUGUGGCGGUUUGUAAACCCUUGCUCUAUACCACUAUUAUGUCUCAGAAGCUCUGUGCUCCGCUGAUGGCUGGGUCCUACACAUGGGGGAUAGUGUGCUCUCUGACACUCACAUAUUUUCUUCUUGAACUGUCAUUUUGUGAAUCCACCUUCAUAAAUAAUUUUAUCUGUGACCACUCUGUAAUUAUUUCUGCCUCCUACUCAGAUCCCUAUAUCACCCAGCUGAUAAGCUGUAUUAUUGCCAUAUUCAAUGAGGUGAGCAGCCUAAUUAUCAUUCUGACAUCAUAUAUGCUUAAUUUUAUUACCAUUAUGAAGAUUCCUUCUGCAAGUGGGCGCCAGAAAACCUUCUCCACCUGUGCCUCCCACCUGAUGGCCAUCACCAUCUUCCAUGGAACCAUCCUUUUCCUUUACUGUAUUCCUAAUCCUAAAACUUCUAGCCUCAUAGUUAAAGUGGCUUCUUUGUUUUACACAGUGGUGAUCCCCAUGUGAAUCCACUGAUCUAUAGCCUUAGGAACAAAGAUGUCAAGAGCAUGUUUGAAAAAUUAGUUGUCACCAAACUGAUUUAC